AUGGUCCAUCCUCCCUGGGAGAAUCAAACAGCCACUGUGGAAUUUGUGCUCCUGGGAUUCUCAACUGUUUGGCAGCUGAAUCUCGCCCUGUUCACCACCUUUUUAGCUGCAUACAUCUUCACUGUCACUGGGAACACACUCAUUGUCCUCCUUGUUGUGCUCGACCAUCAUCUUCACACCCCCAUGUACUUUUUCCUGGUAAACCUUUCCUUCCUGGAGAUCGGGUAUACCUCGAACAUUGUCCCGAAGAUGUUGGCAAGCCUCUCUGCUGGGCAGAACACCAUAUCGGUGGCCAGCUGCCUCACACAGUUUUAUUUCUUUGGAUCCCUGGCAGCCACAGAGUGUCUUUUGCUGGCAGCAAUGUCCUACGACCGCUACGUAGCAAUCUGCCGGCCUCUUCACUAUACCAUCCUCAUGAAUGGCCAGGUGUGCAUUGUUCUGGCUGCCAGCUCCUGGGUCAGCUGCUUCCUCCUCACAGCAUUAACCAUCAUACUCCUGUCCAGGCUGACCUUCUGUGGACCCAAUGAAAUCGAUCAUUUCUUUUGUGACUUUACUCCCCAUGUCCAACUCUCUUGCACAGACACCUCACUGAUGGAAACCACUGCCUUUGCCACCUCUUCUGCUGUGACGCUGGUCCCUUUUCUCCUAAUCACAGCUUCCUACUCCUGCAUCCUCACUAUCCUGAGAAUCCCCUCCAAUGCUGGCCGUCGCAAGGCCUUCUCCACCUGCUCCUCACACUUCACUGUGGUCACCAUGUUCUAUGGGACACUAAUCGCCACAUAUCUUGCACCCUCGGCCCACCCAUCCCAGUUUCUCCGAAAAGUGUUUUCUCUGUUGUACACCAUCCUGACACCCAUGUUCAAUCCCAGCAUCUAUAGCCUAAGGAACAGAGACAUCCAUGAGGCCCUGAAGAGAUAUUUGAGCAGAAAGACAGUUCUUCUCCAAUGA